CAUGUUUUGUAUAUGACUCAGAUUUCGCAUCUUUGGAAACAACAACUUUAGAAGAAGUCGUGAUUGCUUUAGGAAGCAAUGUUGGAAACAGAAUGAAUAAUUUCAAAGAAGCUUUACGAUUGAUGAAAGAUUAUGGGAUCAGUAUAAUCAGACACAGUUGUUUGUACGAAACAGAACCUGUUCAUAUGACAGACCAACCAAGAUUUCUCAAUGCUGCAAUAAGAGGUGUAACAAAACUCGAACCUCAUGAACUCUUGAAUGUUCUCAAGAAAAUUGAGAAAGAGAUGGGUCGUGAAGAAAAUGGUUUAAGGUAUGGACCAAGACCACUUGACUUGGACAUAUUGUUCUAUGGGAAGCAUAGAAUAACUUCUGAUAAACUCAUCAUCCCCCAUGAGAGAAUAUGGGAGAGACCAUUUGUUUUAGCACCUUUGGUUGAUUUGCUUGGAACAGAAGAUAUCGAUAAUGAUCAUAUAGUUUCAUAUUGGCAUUCACUCUCAAUCCAUCCAGGUGGAAUUUUCCAAGCGUGGGAGCGGUUAGGUGGUGAAUCAUUGCUUGCAAAAGACGGUAUCCAAAGGGUUAUACCAAUAGGAGAUCAAUUAUGGGAUUUUUCUAAGAAAACUUUUGUGAUGGGUAUACUAAAUCUUACUCCUGAUAGCUUUAGUGAUGGAGGUAAGUUUCAAUCUAUAGAUUCCGCGGUUUCUCAAGUUCUCUUGAUGAUCUCUCAAGGUGUCGAUAUUAUUGAUAUCGGUGCACAAUCAACACGGCCAAUGGCUUCAAGAAUUUCUACUCAAGAAGAGAUAGAUAGACUAAUUCCGGUUUUAAAAUUUGUUCGCGGUAUGGCAGAGAUGAAAGGAAAGCUCAUAUCAGUGGACACUUUUAACUCUGAGGUUGCUUUAGAAGCAAUAAGAAAUGGAGCUGACAUUUUGAAUGAUGUCUCUGGAGGAAGUUUAGACCCGAAUAUGAAUAAAGUUGUUGCGGAUUCCGAUGUUCCUUAUAUGAUCAUGCACAUGAGAGGAGAUCCAUGUACAAUGCAAAACAAAGAGAAUUUGGAGUAUAAUGAUAUAUGCAAAGAUGUUGCUUCAGAGCUUUACUUGAGAGUAAAAGAGGCAGAACUCUCUGGAAUCCCAGCUUGGAGGAUUAUGAUUGAUCCAGGAAUUGGAUUUUCUAAGGGAAUAGAUCAUAACUUAGAUAUUAUCAUGGAGCUACCAAAAAUCAGGGGAGAGAUGGGUAAGAAGAGUAUAGGUUUGUCUCAUGCACCUAUACUUAUAGGACCUUCAAGGAAGAGAUUUUUGGGAGAUAUUUGUGGUCGUCCUGAAGCAAGUGAAAGAGAUGCUGCAACUGUUGCUUGUGUUACUGCAGGGAUAUUAAAAGGUGCUAAUAUCAUUAGAGUUCAUAAUGUUAGAGAUAAUGUAGACGCGGCAAGGCUUUGCGACGCAAUGAUGACGAAAAGUUAAAAAAAAACCAUGAUUAGUUGGUAUAAUCUGUAUCAUGGUUUUAAGAACAUAUGUACUUAAGAUGUGCUAAAAUGAUGUUAAAAAUAAGUUUCAUUUGUUUUUUCUGUAUUAAAAUUCAGUUCAUUUU